AUGAAGACCUUAUCUCCUUCGCUUGCAGUUUCGGCCACGAACACAAACGACGAAUUUCAGAUCGCCGUGUGCCUGACGGUUCUCGCGUCGACGAUCGCCGCCGGGGAGAAACCGACGAACACCGUUUCGGUGUCUUCUGGCACGGCAGCGAUCCAGGGGAACACGAUCCAGAAGUUGAUCAAGAUUCUGGAGAAGUACGGCCUGGAGGAGCAGAGGGGCUUGAAGAGGGUCUACCUGAGCAACAGGUCGAUCACAUGCAACGACGGAUCGCAGGCUGGGUUCUACCUGCGGAAGUCGCACGGCUCCAAGAGAUGGAUCAUUUUUCUGGAAGGUGGCUGGUACUGCUACGACCAUAAAAGCUGCAGAAACAGGUGGCUCAGGCUCAGGCAUCUGAUGACGUCGACUCAGUGGCCUGAGACACGCGACGUUGGUGGCCUGUUAUCAGCGAACCCGGAGGAGAAUCCGUACUGGUGGAACGCGAAUCACGUAUUCGUCCCUUACUGCACGAGCGACAGCUGGAGCGGCACCAGAGCUUCGCCGAACGAGAUGUUCUCGUUCAUGGGCGCAGAGAUUGUGCUGCAAGUGGUGCGGGAUCUGGUCCCCCUCGGACUCGAGAACGCGAGCUCUCUUCUUUUGGCUGGCAGCAGCGCCGGUGGCACCGGCGUCAUGUUGAACUUGGACCACGUGCACAGUUUGGUUCAUCACAGUCUUGGCUUGAAACACAUCGCGAUCAGAGGCGUAUCCGAUUCGGGAUGGUUCCUCGACAGAGCUCCCUACUCGCCGAACGGUUUGUCACCGGUUGACGUUGUUCACAAGGGGAUGGAACUUUGGAAAGCUCGAAUGCCGCGCAACUGCGCCGACGAGCACCCAAACGAACCGUGGAGGUGCUACUUUGGCUACAGAUUGUACCCAACGUUGACUGCGCCGCUGUUCGUUUUCCAAUGGCUGUUCGACGAGGCGCAGAUGUCGGCGGAUAACGUGGGCGCACCGGUGACUAAGCAACAAUGGGAUUACAUACACAAGAUGGGCGACAGUCUGCGACAGACGUUCGAAAACGUCAGCGCGGUCUUUGCGCCGAGCUGCAUCAGUCACAGCGUUCUGACGAAGAGGGAUUGGCAGUUGGUCAAGAUCGACGAGGUUUCCCUGGCGCAGGCGUUGCACUGUUGGGAGCAAAUGCCGAUUGGUAAUCGUCGAAACGACACUCGUUCGCCAAUUGAGACGAACCAGCCGUGCGCGAAGUCGUUGCGGAAACUGCUGCGAUCCGGCCUGACGAAGGGAAACGGAACUUCGUUCGAGCCGGAAAGGAGCGGCAAGAGCGAGUUCGUGGCGGAGUUGCAGAAAGUCAGCUCGCCGAUGACCGGUGGCAAGCCGAUCGAGGGGAAUGUCUCGCCGAACGUUUCCUCGCAGAACGGCAGGGAGAAUAAAAAGAGGAAGAGGCGGAAGCACAAAGGGAAACGCAGGGAGAGGAACAAGGUGUCGAGGACGAAGAAGGAGAAGCACGAGCGCAGGAAGUCUGCAGGCCGCCGGAAGGGUAACAAGCAGAACAACGACAGCAACCACACGGGCAUGUUCAACGGGACCAGACCGCAGCGCUCGGUGAUACCAUCUGGCAAACGGAAGUGUGUCCAGGGCUGCCACUUCCGGUUAAUCGAACGUUGCACUUGGCCGCAGUGUAAUCACAGCUGCCCGAAGCUGCACAACCCGUUCACCGGCGAGGAAAUGGACUUCAUCGAGUUGUUGAAGAGCUUCGGCCUCGAUAUGAAGAGUGUGGCGAACGCGUUGGGCAUCGACAUACAAACGUUGAACAGUAUGGAUCACGACGAGCUGCUAAAUCUUCUUACGCAACGGGCCAACUAAUAGCCCUCCCCCCCCCAGACUAAUGUUAAAAAGACUACAUUCCGUUGAUGGAACAGCGUAGUAAUUUGUAACUUGUCAUUUUCUUCGUCGUUCGAUCGAGCGAGUGAAAUGGCGACUCCUUAGGAAUCUAGAAUCUUCUUCGAGGAAAGAGGAAAUCGAAAGGAAAUUAAAUUGUACAUAUGAUUUGUCAGAGUUUCUACGAAAUAUUAUUGGAAUCGAUCAUCGUCCGACGGGGUCGAGUUUAUCUACCAGCGAAAUUACGAGAAUCCUCGACUCUCUCGCGUGUGAAGCGUAAAAUUUUCACACCGAGCGUCUUUAAUUUAUAUUCGAUAUAUAGGUUGUAAUCGUGUAAUAUCGCGUUACGAGUAUAAUUCACCGUUGAACAACGCAGUUUGCUGAUCACAGCCACCGACACGUGGCGUUCACCGUUCAAUUUACCAAAACAUCCUUCGCUUUCCUUCAACGUUUGUACCUGGUCGAGUAGAGAGAGAACAGCACGCAGCUAUUGCAAACUUAUUCCUUUCAAUUGUACGACAUUCGGAUACGAUAUCGGUUAGGGCGAAGAGAUCCUCCGGCUAGAAGAGCUAGCCUAGAGACUUAAUGAAGUUUCGAACGAAACGAGCAAUGCAAUUAACAGAGGAAUAUCAAACGUAUUACCGAAGAAAAUUCGGGCUGAAAGACGUUCAGUAUUAACACUGCCCGGCUUAUGGUCGUGCUGCCGUUCGAUGUCCCCGCUGGGACCGCGCCGGCGGGGGAGGGGUGGCAAAUUAAGUCGAAACGUUCAACUCGAUCCAAUAGAACACGCCGGAACUGAGUUUUGCAAAUUGAUGCCAAUAACGAGCAAACCGACCGACAAAGCAGCUUCAUAGACUGAUUAAAUUAUCUACCUCAACGAAUCAAAUCGUAUUAACGUCCUUGUCUGUAUUAUAAACGCCGAUUAGUAUAGUUUAACGCGCGCACGAGUAAUUAAGGAGUAUAGCGUCAACGCGUGCGCGUGCACGUAAGAAGAUGCCGCGCGUCGUUGUAUCUAAUUGUGCCCAAUCAUUGUAAUAUACUUCUCUAUAGAAUUAAUCAAUUAUUUAUUUAACGCGAGAGGAAGGAACGCAACGAUCAAAGACGAGAAGGAUUUCUUCUUUGAGCGUUUAAUUUAUUUUUCACGCGAUGCGAUCGAUAUCGAUCGUCUUCCUUCUCCUCUUUCUCCUUCACCUCUUCGACACACUCUCUCUCUCUCUCUCUCUCUCUCUCUCUUCGCUCUCGCGUUCUUAUGUACUUAGAAAGCAUUGUUAUUUUGUACUCACGUGAUAUUGUAAAUAAAUUGUAUACCUGUUGUACUAAACGAA